AUGUCGGAAAACGAACUUGUCAAGAACCUCAACAACUUGAAGUUGACUGAUACUGGGAUAGACGUGGCGAAUGGCGAUAAGUACGAUGAGGAGCAGAAAAAGCAGUUGCGGAUAAAUCUACAGGACACCAAAGAUAAUAACUUUCAAACUCUUUCGCAGCAGUUGGUAGACAAUCCAACCCAAGUAUUGCUAUUCUUGCAACUUUUGAAUGACAAGUCAGGAACAAUAUUAGUCAAAUUGAUAAAGCAUGGUAACGAAUCUUACAAGUCAGUCGUUAUGAGCAUCUUAUCUGCUAUUCGUGGUAUAUUGAUAAAGUCAUCCAGGCUCAAAACUUACUAUUUAAAGGUGUACAUUUCAGUCAUUACUCAAUUCAAAAUCACAAAUGCUCAGCACUUGAAUUUGUUGUUGACCUUUAUCGGAGGUAACAAAGAGAUCAACAAUGCUGUUCUUGUCAUAUUGGUUCAAGAUUUGGAUUUGAGUAAACAGGAAACUGUUGAUAUAGUGAAGGAGUAUUUACAAUUGCAGCUGGAUGAGCAAACAUUGAACGAUGCUGACUUGCAAAACUUUAUGGUGACUCUUGAAGUCUGUUUCCCAAUUCUCCCGCAGAUUUGCUCAACCAUUUAUGCAAAUGCAUCCACUAAGCAGCACAUUCAGAAUGCAUUUUCAAACCAAGGCGAACGUAAUGUGUCAAUGGUACCUGUAUUGAAAUGUAUUGCAGCAUCUUCAGUUUUGGACAAUUGUCGUUCAUUCACAAUUCGACACUACUACUCGCAAUUGCUGAAUUUAUUGCUGUCCUCGCAGGUUCGCAUACGAAUUUUAUCUGCGUUGAGUGUGGCCAAACUAUGGACGUUUCUACAAGCAGAGCAGAAAUCAAAAUUGAAGGUUACAAACCUCGCCAAAGACUUACUUCUUUACGUAACUGAGGGUGAUGACUUUGAAUAUAUCGAGUAUUCUUUAGAAGGUCUUGUAUACUUGAGUUUGUUUUGGCAGGUUCGAGAUAUGAUCAGGAUGGAUGUAUCUUUUGUUGAAAAAUUGAUUGAAAUCUUGCACACUUGCUCAACUAAGGAAUCUAUUAAUACGUCGGUACAGUUCGGCAUUUUGUCUCUUUUAUCCAACAUCACGGAACUUAAGCAGCCUGACUCACAAAGUACAGCUAAAAAGUUAAAAAACGUAUCAGCACCACAGAUGGGCUCCAACAGCAACGAAGAAAAUCAAGACAACGUCAAACUUUUCAAUAAACAGUUGGUUGAGCAAUAUGAGAUUAUUUCCAAAUUGAGUGCCAUCAAAACCUACCAAUCAUCGAGUAAGAAUAACUUUAACCAGAUAUUAAGCAUAAUUUUUAACUUGUCGACGGACCAGGCAAAGAGCGUGCGUGUAGCUCUUGUCAAACAGGGUGCUUUGGUGCUUAUCAUGAAUUUCUUGGUGAGCAACAGUACCAUUGAAAAGACAGGACAUAGAGUCGUUGCCGUGCCAUCCAAUAUAGGUGGAGGAGAAACCCUUGAUCAAAGAUUCAAAGCCUUGAGGAGCUUGGCGCGGUUGUUGAUAUGUGUUGAUCCCCAAACCUCAUUUCAAAAAUAUGAUGUCAAGUCCGCAGUUCCUUUCCUUGUUGAGCUACUUGGUCCUGUCGCUUCUGACCCUUUCAAUACAAAACAAUCAUACUUGCACGAAGUGACUUUAUUGGAUGGUUAUGAGUCGUUGCUAGCUUUGACCAAUAUCGCCGCCACGGAAAACUCGGAGACAAGAAAAUUACUUGUAUCGCAAAUUGCUCCCUACAUCGAUGAACUAAUUGUUCUGAAAGACCAUAUCCAAAUAGCCUCAUUUGAGCUUUUGAAUAAUUUGAUCAGUGAACCGAUUUUAUUGGCUAAAUUUUUCAACAUUGAACAACUUGCAAAUAAACAGAGGUUGGAGAUCGUUGUGAAGUUGUUGGACUCGGACAAUUUGAGACUACAGGCUGUGAUUGCGGGGUUUUUGGUCAAUGCCACAAAUUUUGAUGUCAUUGCAGAUGUUCUCGUUGAAUCCAAACCAUUCUUUAACAAAUUGUUGGAAACAAUCAUCAGUAUAAUUAGAGAGCAAGUGUCACAAGAUGACUUGAUCAACCCAAUAUCGUUCUUAUUGGUGAAUUUGGUAUACGCAUUAGCCAACAAAGACGAAUCACAACUCACGAGCCUCAAAUCGGAUGAGCUAAAGUCCGCAUGUCUUUUGGUUUUGAAGAACGGGUCUUCCGAGAGUAAAGAGGCAGUGGCCAGUGUAUGGAGUUUAGUUGAUUUCUAA